AUGAUUUUUGAUGGAAUUGAACACGUAACAGAUGAAAAAAUAGAGGGUGAAGCGGAGGAUCAGUCGGCAACUUUGAUUUUGAGAAGUCCUGAAGGAGAGGAGGAGGAGGAAGAAGAAGAGGAGGAAGAGGAGGAAGUCGAAGAUGCUAAGAUGGCCAAAAAAUCAAUCUUGAAAAAUGAAACGAAAAAGAAAUCUUUCUUCGAGGAGGAUGAUGGUUUGGAAAAGGUUGCAAUGCUGAGGAGCAGAAAAAUGAAGAAUCAAUUCGAUUUCAGGGACAGAGCCACACAGACUUUCUACAUGAGGCCCAAGGACAAAGAAUGCAUAACAGAGGAGACUCCAACUGAGACGUAUGGAGGAACCGUCACGCAGUGGAACAUUUAUGACGCCUACAUCAAGAACUGGGAGGAGAUGGAAAAAGACAAAGAAAAGCUUAGAGAUAGAUCAAAAUUGGUUCACAGGAGAGACAAGAAAGCUGAUGCUUCUGGACAUUUUGAGCAGUCUUCAAACUUCGUGGAUCACAUCAUUCCUAAUUUGAAAAUCAUUGAAAGAAUGAUCCAAUUGAACAUUUAUAAUGACAUUGCCUAUGGUAUUUUGAAGAUGCAGCAGACGAGUACAGAAUUCCAUACGGAACAUUGCUACCUCUCUGGCGGUUUCAUUACAAAACUUCUAAAAAACUUGUGGUUACGUCACUUUGUUGGAACUCUAGAUAUCCCGACAUGUUCGGUGUGGGACUUGGAUCAUGUGAGGCAACCGUUUUUCUCAAAUCGUUCCGAUAAUAAAAGAUUUUCACCAGCUAGAUUGUAUCAUUUUCAAUUUCCGGCAGAUAACUUUUUGGCUCAGUCAACUGGUCUCAUUGUUUUUUAUAGCCUGAUCAAUCCUUCUUAUCCUGAAUUUUCAUACCAUUUGGAGUCAGGAGUCAUGAGUCUUGAUAUUAGCAGCAGCAACACCUACCUCGUUGUCGUCAGAUGGUUGGGACUGAAUCUGUACGACAAUUUGACGUUUGCAUCCAUAUCAUCUGAUGGUCAGGUGCUUCUUUGGGCUGUUUCCAAGAACCAGUUGCAGCCUCAAAAGUUGAUGACGAUAGACUUCGUUGAUUAUCCUGUACCGGAGGUGGAAGGCACUCACAUCGAAAUAUGCAGUAAAUCUUAA